CACCUGCCUGAAACGAGAGGAUUUUUAAAACUUACAUUACUUCUAAAACACCAGUCUGGCCAAAACAACACCUUUAACCAAACCUCCAACACCACACUUUUUACCUGCUGCUUUAACACUGAACAACAUUGCUAAUGACUGAGUUCACCCGUCUCAGUCACCAUUAUGGGGACAGGAAGGUAAUCGCAAGAACACCUCACAUGUGUUGCUGACAAUGUGGUUUUGUUUGGCUUCUCACAUUACAAAUGGCACCAUUCCCAACAAUUUUGGUAUAAAGGAGAUUAAAAGUGCCAAAUUGUCAGUAGCACAACAUCCUGGGCAAUUGAGUCUGUACACUGUGCUGACAGGAAGUGUAUUUAUCUGUAUAAGAUGGAGUCUGGACACAAUUAUGGCAUUGUGUCUGUGUAGGAAACACUUUCUUACUAAUGCCAUGCAGUUGUUGUUUUUAGCACAUUUAAAUUGUGUUUCCAAUGGAAAUUAAACAUGCUGAGGCAGUCUGUGUCUCCAUGCAUUGGUAUUUGACUCUGUUGGCUGAUCUGUCAGACCAUUACCUCUCCCUCCACAAUUUUUGAAAAGUCAAUUCCAGUCACACUUGACAAAGAUGUACAUCCCUUGCUAAAGUUAAGCAAAGGUGGGUGUCUCUCUGAGAGCUGUCUCUCUGUUAGGACCUUCAUUGGGAAAGUCUUCAAUAUGACACCAGCCCUCACCAGGUAUCAAAACAAUCUGUAUGAAAAUCUAUCACAGAGACCCAGUUCUAGAAAAAACUGUAUCCAGUGAACUGGCUGACCAGAUAAAUCCUUGUUUUCAACUGUAGCAGCUGCUCAUCUUCUCCAGGGACUAACUACAUGUUAAUUUUUCCUCUUCCACUAUUUCAGUGUGCAACUCAUCUGAUUCUUACUACAUUUAAAAAAAAAAAAAAAAAAAAAAAAAGAAAGAAAGGUGCAUUUUUUUUUCCCUGUGAUAAGCUGAACAAUAAAUGGAUGCUUUGUGUUCUUUCUUUCCCAAAGUGAUCUUUGAUCUGAAGGAAGGUACAGAUUUCUCAGCUUGAAGGAAGAACGUGAAAAAUUACAGUUAACAUAAAAACUGCCUUGCAGCCACAGAGCUGAUAACACCAAGAAGUUACUCACAGAGCACUUCAUUGCUUCAGUUGAGGACUUUUGUGCCUGAGUAUACUGCAUUCAUUUUAGGAGCUCCUGAGAAAGGUGGGCUGUGCCUUGAAGGUACAUGCCAUUGCAGAUCCACCCUGGUGGGAGCCUCCAAGCUGCAGCUACCACAGUCAGUGGUUGCAGAACAGGAAAGCAUACAGCCCAUCCUCUAGAAGCUGGCUGGUCAGGUUCCCCAGUUGCCCUCACGAAGGGUGGUCAUAACAGGAGCCUUCAGAUGACUGGCAAGAACAUCCAAAUGGCACCUCUCACACUCUCGAUCCAUGUCAUGCGUGGUGAAGAAGAAGGUAUUGCCAGACUGCUGGCCAAGUGCUUGAUGCCUGAGUGGAGCUCGAACUGCAGUGUUCUCUCAGAAAUGGCCAUGGGGAUCCACUGUUACAAACUCCUUCAGAAUGGCUCUACCCAUGCCAUCAAAUCACUGUUUUGGUCCAACAGUCCAACACUCUUUCUCUUUGAAGUCUAAUAUCUUCUGAGAUCCAGUCUCUGGGCUCUGCUGCCUGUGACUAAAAACUCAUCCUCCUCCUACACGUUUUCCACUACCUGAAACCAAGAUGCCUUUGUUUCUAAAGGAGGCUUAAUCCUCCAGGUUUGUAUAGUCCUCAAAAAGGACCUGCCUGGAGACUUGGGAUUAGCCUCUGGCAACUUUUUGUCAGAAAAAUGUGCUUGCUGGACCUGAGCUUGGCCUUGAGCUGCUCCAGGAGAGAAAGGUAAGAAGUGCAGAGCGUGGCGAUCAGUGUGUGUGUAAAAGCAGAUUCUCAUCAUUUGGCCCCACAUCAGUGGCCAUCUUUGUGCAGCCCCGACCAAACAGGAAAUAUGAUGUGGUGCACUUCAGAGAAUUAUAUUUGUGUAUGGAAAAAGAGAGGUGUGUGGGAACACAUGCAUUUGUAUGCCAUCGCACUGUGGAUUUGCAGUUGUGUCUGUCUUGGCUUGGGAUGUGAAGACAAAGUGUGCUGGGGAAGUUAUCUGCCUGUGGCAAAAGGAUCAUCUAAAACUAAAUAUGCCCUGCAGGACCCCUGAGGCCUUAUCUGUCUGUGAAGGUAAGGGCACGUGAAGCUUUGGAAGAAGGUGGACAUAGUUUUCACAUCCCUGUCUGGUCUAUUGAAUGGACAAGCCAUGCCAAGCAGGUAUUGCAGGGACUGCAGGGCGGUGUUAUCUGUCUGGACCAGCUGCAAGGCUCAGGUCAGAGGGGAUGAUUCUUCCUUCUGUGGAGUGACUGGGGUGCUCAGCUGGGUUGGGAGGCCAUGGGAUGGGUGUUCCUGUGGUGUCACACCAUCUGCAAGCAUGAGGGCUGUGUCUCAAGCUUGCUCACAUUCAGGACUGCCCUUGUUCCACUCCCACUCUGACCCAGGACGGGUCCUCUGAAACUGGGGCACUGGUGGGGAGGCUGGUUUUGUUCUGGUAUUGCUUAGAUCAGUGACUCAAGUAAUUUUUCACAAAGUAGUCCACGAUAUUUCUACUGCCGAUUGACUCCUAUCCCCAGUUUCAAAGUGAUUGGUGCACGUGCACAGACCCUGAGAGCGAUACGAGUGAUGUGUUUGGAUGUCUGAAAGAGGAAACUAUGGAUCUCUUGCCAGUGUCCCAAUAGGACAGGUCCUUCUCUCUCUGUCUCUUUUGCUUCCCAGCAAUAGUUAUAAACUGGUCCCAGUAUAUUCGAGCACAGCAAGCUAACACCUGAUCCCUCCACCCUUGUUUCUGCACCUAUUGCUUUACCAGCAGGAAGUAGGACGUGGUUUGGGGCUUUUUAUUCUCGGCCUCACUAUCCUUUUCGAUACUUCAGGGCCUUGUCUCAGUCUGACAAGGCAAGCAAGCAGCAGCUUCCUGUGAAAAGGUGAGACGAGAAGACGGAGAGACUGUGCAUGUGUGAGAAGAACAGUCCUGCAGCAGAACUUCUGGGCUGGAGGCUUCUCUCCUCUCAUGCCAGCAGCACUGGCUGACGCCUGGACAUGCACUGAGCUAGGAUAUCCCCCUCCAUCCCUCUCCCUUUCCUCCCUACCCGUUCCCUUCACAGUUUGACAUCCAGCACCUGCAUCUAUCCAGCCCCGCAACCGGGUCUCUGGGGACUCCCUGCGUCUGGACCGCUGGGUUUCUGGAGCUGGAAGGUAAAGGGGACGAUGCCAGCUCUCUCCCACACAGGGGUGGCUGAUCUGAAAAGUGUCUUGGAAGGAGUUUCGGUCUGACAAACUAAAUCUCGAUGUUGGGGAGGGCCGAGCACUUAUUUAUCUCUCUGUCUCUCCACAGUCCUCUCAAAUCAUACUCCACAUCUCACAACCACACCGCCUGCUUGCUUUCUCUCUCUUUCUCUCUCCUUUGUCUGUUAAUCAUUGUCGUCAUGUUUUUCUUCCUCUGAACCUAAUCUUUUAUCGCAACGGGAAUCGAUGUUAUGCCUCAUGCCAGCCCUUUAUAUACCCCCUCUUCCCGCUGCCCUGGCAGUCCCAGCAGGCUCCAGCGGGACUAUGUCUUGUUUUGCCCAGCUCUGCCUGGGCUCCAGGCUUGCUGAGAGGUGAGGGUGAUCACUUCUUCUGUGGGUAGAGGCAAAUCUCGAGCUCUGGGUUUCCAGGGGUAUGAGGAGAGUCAGAUGCUUGGAUGAGAAGCCCGUAAGCCCAGCCUGUCUAAUAUGGAACAUGGCUGUACGGGUUUUGUAAGACAAGGAGUCUCCCUGAGUGCCACAAGUAGAUGAGGGGUGCUGCAAAGUUUCCUAAUUACAAAGACCAAAUUUUCUGCUACCCCUAAAAGCGCUGCUCCUUCCAAGGAAGUGCGGGGUCUACAUGGUGAGGAUGGUGCAUGGCUUGUGCAUGACUAUGCAAUAUUUUCUGAUACGGUAAAACCUUGACUUUCCAGAACUUGGUAAACUCCUUCUUCUGCCUGAUUUCCGUCCCUGUCCCAAACAAGCCAUUCAAAAUCUACCUCUUAAGCCACAAGUUCUGCAACUAACUUUUGUCAUUUGCAGCCAGGGACCCCUCUUACUCAGCAAGCACCUAGUUAUUUCAGCCCUUGGGCUUACCAAAAAAAGAAGCUCUUCAAGACGCAAGCUGUGCGCAACCAAGGCAGCACUCUCUACCUGAGUCAGCAAGCAGCCUGAAACAAUACAAGCGGACGGUUGCACAGAGACACACAUUUCCAGAAGGCUUUACUCCUGCAAACAGCCCACCUGUGUUGCACUACGAACAGUUUUAGUGCUGAGCAAAAGCACCCAAGGCAGGAAAACAAUGAGGUGCUGAGGGAAAAGCACAGAAUCUGGAGUGGAAAGGUGUGUCACCAGUACAGAUGAAGCCCUCUUUGCUGCUUCUGUGUCACCUCUGGCUGUUCAGCCUCACACGUCUCUCACGGGCAUCAGACUCGGCACAAGGUGCCUCCAGCCUAACCUGUUGGUAUGACUCACGGGCAGCUCUCUUCUGUGACUGGAACCCGGGAAGGGACCUGGUUGAAGCACCAUGCCAGCUGGAGAUCCUAUCCAAGUUAGCUUUUUGUGACAGGUCAUUUCCCUUACCUGAAAAAUUCAAGGAGCACUGUGAAUUACCCAAGGCAGAACACAUGACAGGACUGAGGAGGUGCAUCAAGACCUUCAGCAAAAACAGUAAUACUCAAUGCUUCACCACUGCAGACCGUCUUGCCAUGUCUGUCCAUUGCCAGAUUGGAGAAAAUAAGUCUAUACCUGUGCAAAUAGAAGAUUUCAGUCCACUUGCAAAUAUAAAGCUGAGGCCUCCAGGAAAUCUUCAGCUGGUUAGAAAAAAUGAAAACACCUACAACUUAACAUGGAGCCUGAAUAUUUCCUCCCACUAUUUGGACGGGGAGCGGGAAUACCAAGUGCGGUACCGAACCACGAGUCAGUCCUGGGAGGAGGCCAGGAACUUCACCAUUGUGCAGGACCAGAUGUGGGUGGUGUUUGAGAGCCUCUCCCCUGACUUGAAAUAUGAGGCAGCUGUCCGUGCAAGGCCAGGUGCCUCAAGUACCUCCAAAGGCGUGUGGAGCGACUGGAGCAAGACGAUACUGUGGAGGACACACGCUGACCAAACAUCCCGGCCGGUCUUGCCAGCUCUUAUAGUGAGCACUUGCAUCUUCGUGAUCAUCGGGACUGCCUUCCUUAUUAAUCUACGGACCCUGAAAUGGUUUAAGAAGAUCCUGAAGAUUCACAUCCCAGACCCUGAGAAGUUCUUUCCCCCACUCGUUUCAGUUCACGGAGGUGACAUUCAGAAAUGGCUUUCGUCUCCAUUCUCCACAUCUUCCUACUGUGUGAACAGCACAACCCCAGAGAUCUCCAUGCUGGAGGUGAUGCAGAAGAAUGACCAGGAAUCCCAGUUCCUACUUUCCAAGGGAACACUGACUCCUGAUCCACCCUUAGAAACCAGUGGGAACUCAGUAUCCAGCUGCUUCACCAACCAAGGCUACUUCUUCUUCCACCUUCCCAACUCCUUUGAGAUCGAGUCCUGUCAGGUCUACUUCACAUAUGAGCCUUUCACCCAGGAGGGCAGCAGCAGUGAGGAUAGCGAGUCUUACCGUGCUCUCCCCUCCCCAGACCUCUGCACACUGGCAGAGGACAUGCCCGUGUUGUCCCACAACUUCCUUCACUGUAUCAAGGCAACCCAAGGCUUCCAAAACAGCUCCUUCAUGGGAGAGACAGAAGGUGAAGCCCAAGGGGCCAUGGUUAUUUCUGGGGCUCUCCAGUCAAGGGAAAGCACCUCACCAACACCAGUUCUGAAACAGGAUGAGAAGGUGAUGGACAAAGCAGCUUUACAACCUGCUGAGGCCCCAUGCCAGCUGGACACUGACUUUCCUGACCCACCAGAUCUUCAUGACAGCAAUACUAUCGAUAUAAUGGAGGGGAGUGGAAAGGCAGGCCCUUCAAAUAACCCCUGUACACCAGCAGCAUGUGCUACCUCCUCUUUCUCUCAGCCUCCACCUCUAAGGCAAACUCAGAAUGAGGAUUUGUGCAGAACAGCCUUCUCCAGCCAGGACCCAAACACUGGUGCCUACCUUUCUCUGAGGGACCUCCAAAGCCAGUACAGCCAUUGCUCUGUCUAGGAUCUGCCUGGAGGAAACCCACAGGUGGGAAAGGCCUUCUCUUCACAGAAGGCUAGAUGGACAGUUUUUCUAUUCAAGAAAUGAAUGUAACUUCAUCAUCAAACCCAUUGGGACUGUUCUUUAAUGAGUCUGGAUAACAAAGUUACUCCAGGGCUGCAAAACCAGUAAAGGGAUAGGAUGGACAAGGUGUAAAUUCACAGAUGGCUACAUAGGUAGAAUUAGUUCUCAAGGUAAAGUGUUAGUGAAAUAGACCACUGGAAAUUAGAGGACUUUUUUUCUGGUGAACUGGGCUAGUGGACAGUGAAGCAACACAUGGAGAAUGAUAAAGGCACAUUAAGGCUGUUCAGUGGCUACACAGCUCAUGGAGAUAUAGAAGCCUGAUUUUUAGGCACACAGGCCAAUAAGGACUCACCUUCACAACUGAACUUGUUUCUCAGCUAUUACUGGAUAUAAUGGCAUAAAAACCCUUUCCCACACUGCUCAAGUGCCAUCCCAAACUUCACCAGCUUGUUUCUUCCUUCCCAGCUCCCAGCAGGAAGCUGUGCCAGUGUAUCCACACUCUGCAUCUUCAUCUAAAUAACACUUAGCUUUGAGGCUGAGCAGGCACGUGGUCCAUUUACCUCAUCUCAGCCUAAAACCCUCUAAUGGGAGGGAGAAAUACCUGAAAAGGUGAAUAUGAAAUUUUAUACAAGGAAAAGUAGCGCAGUGCUGAGGCUGGGUGAAGACAUCUCCUGACCGACCAAAGGUCUGAUUUUUAGUGUGAUGUCCGCACUUCAGGUUUUAAUCAGACAUUACCUCCUGAGCUACUCAGUCCAGUUUUAGACACAAAUAUCUAAGGUCAACUCAGAGUCAGCUGUGUCAGCUGUGUAAGCAGGGCAGUGUAAAAGAAAUCCCCAUUAUUGGGUUAAAAAUACUGGGGAAAUCCCCUCCCCCCUCCUUCUUUACCCCGGGUCUGAUGAUGGCAGUAAAAAGAACACACACAUUUUCCCAUUCUUGCUGCAAUAUUUUUCAUGAAAUCGAAAGCCUCUCUUGCCCUGCUGGCAAAACACGGUUAUUUGACUAUGAUAAGCUGAUUGCAGAAUAGCUCAUCCCACAUCCUGUAUUAGUGGAAAACAUCGCAACCGUGCUGCCCAUUCCUUCCAUUGCUCAAGGGAAACCGUUACCUAAUUAGCAGCAAAGAUGUGGUGAAUGAGCCCAGAAAACUAACACACAAAUCAGCACCUUUGCUGAAAAAAAACCUCAAUCCACUCACAAAGAAUGAGGAUGGCAAAGGCAGAUUUUUUUUUAAUUUUUCCUCUGUAUUUGCUGAUCUUGGUUGAGAAAAAGCAGCACACCACUGAAGAAAAGUAGCAAGGCAAGGGUAGACACGCUGUUCUAAUUAUAUCCAUCCCUGCAUUCAACAUCUCUACUGUCUGUCCACUUUCUUGCCAUAUUCCUGGACUAUUCAGCAGCAGGAAAAUACCAGCCAUGUGCUAAAGAUAUUUAUUCUCAGAAUUUUUAUAUCAAAAAGGUCAAGGAUUUCAAACUUGUCGGUACUUCCGUCACCCCUGUGAUAUCACCCAGAACUAAUUAUUCCCUACCUCUGCUUGUGCAAUUGUGGAGUUUCCCCUUUGUCCUGGUCCCAUACUGUUGCCUGACCUUGCGUUUUGCAGCAUGAUUGUCAUUAUGAGUCCCAGCUAUGAGGUCAGCCACUGGCUUGGAUUUCAUCUCAGAAGAGCUCCUCCAAGGAGUUGAGCCUGCCUGCAGCUGAGAGGCUGGGAGAGACCUCUGCUCUCAUCAUCUUCUUCACUACCUGCAUCAAGAUAUGGACUGCUCUGUUGUCUCUAGGAGACAGCAGGUGAAGAAGACCCCACGUCUUCCCUGAUAAGGAAGUACAAAGCAUGCUCUGCUGUUUGCUGUACUUUGAAAAACUUCCCAGAUGGACUUCAAAAAGAGACAAUUAAUCCCUUGCCCUUGAUGGGCAAUUUUCUAUGUCACCUGGGCCAAGGAUCCUAGCUGUACUGAUAGUUAUCCCGUUCCAAUGUAGACCUUCAUAAGCUUCUCAAUUAUUCUUGCUGCUAAGAUGACCAGAAAAGAAAAACUUUGCCUCUUUGUGAAUAAAAUAAAUAUUAAGGAAUCUA